AUGAAAGUACUUUUGCUACUAUACACAGUUUCAUUACUAGUUUUACUACGACAAGUUCACUCAAAACAACAUAUUUUAAAUGAUAUAUCUACAAAUAAUCAACAACUACGACAAACUCAUGUAGAACCAUUAGAUCCAGAGAUAUUUUCAAACUUAUAUACAUAUGCUCAUUUAAUAGAUAUCUCAUAUUGUAUUUCCAAUCUUGGAGGGAUUGAGAAGCCAUUUAAAUGUGAUUUAAACUGUGAGUCAAGAUUCCCCAAUAUGACGUUAAUUUAUCAAUGGUAUUUUGAUGAUAGUGUUGCUGGAUAUAUUGCAACUACUCAUGAUAAUAUUUUCAGAUAUAAUGAAACAACUGGUGGAAAUAAGUCCAAGAAGAAAAAAACAAUUAUUAUAUCGUUGAGAGGAACUAAAUCGUUUUCUGAUACUUAUGCAGACCUAAAGAUAAAUAUGAUUAAUUAUUCAAAUUUAGGAUUAAAUUUAAAAUUAUGUGGUAGUGAAUGUAAGGUUCAUAAAGGAUUUUACGAGUUCUAUACAAGAACUUUGAAUGUCAUUAAUCAAUACGUUAUAAAUGAGUUGAAGGGACUUGAACAAGAUGUUUGUAAAAGUCCAAGAGAAGAAGAAGAUUACGAAUUGAUAAUACUAGGUCAUUCAUUAGGUGGCAGUGUUGCUUUAUUAUUAGGUCUACAUUAUUUGGAUAUGGGUUAUGAUAAAUUAACGUUGGUAACAAUGGGUCAACCAUUAUUGGGAAAUUAUGAAUUUGUAAACUGGGUAGAUGAAGCAAUGAGUAGUUCUGAACCACCAAAACAUAAUGACUUCAAGAGAAAAUUUUUGAGAGUAAUACACAAGAAUGAUAUAAUUACAACUUUACCUAAGAAUCAAUAUUCAAUUGAUAAAUAUUAUCAAUUCAAUAAUCAAAUUUAUCUCAAUUGUUCUGCUUCAAACACCAGACCUUCUUUGGAUCAAGUUGUUGAUUGUAUCGAUGGUGAUAAUGAUUUAUGUAUUGCAAAGGAUUAUCCUUAUGAUAUUUUGGAUAGACAUAAUUAUUUACAAAUUCAUCUUACAUAUUUUAGAAGAAUAGGAUUUUGUGGUAUUAGAAUAUAA